AUGCCGGGGUUUGCCCCCCCCCCCCCCCCCAGGUGUCCUCGCUUCAAGGGCUUCCAGCAGCAGGACAGCCAGGAGCUGCUGCGCUGCCUCCUCGACGGAGUCAAGGCCGAGGAUGUCGCGAGGAUCAAGACCGCGAUCCUGGCGGCGCUGGACAAGCCGAACUCCAAAACAGCAGACGAGGCUACGCGGAGAUCCGUCAAAGGUUACGGGCUGCACGCCCUGCGGUUGAACGCCGUCGACCGCGUGUUUGGUGGGGAGCUCAUCAACAUCAUCACGUGCAACAAGUGCAGGACGAUUGUACGGGUCGCGGAGCCCUUCCUGGACCUCUCCCUGCCCGUCAUCGACAAUGUGGCGAGCCGGCCGACCAGCAAGAAGGCCCGGGCUGUGGAGGAGGAGGUGGAGGAGAGGGGGGGUCGUGAAAGGGGGGAGGACGAGGUCACGGGGUCACGGAGGAGGGGAUCCUCCCCCACUCUUCCCCCGGCCCCCCAGAGCAAGUUCCAAGAGAAGAAGGCGAAGAAACAGGCACGGCAGCAAGCCAAGUCGAUGCGGCGCCAGCAGAAGCACCAGCGGAAGCUGUUCCCCAUGGGAGCCGAGACUCCGAGUGGGGAUCCUGACUCCUCGACCACCGACACAACCGUCACCAACAACAUCAAGCAAGAGGACGAAAAUGAUAUUCAUGUUGACAACGAGAGUGCUGCUGAUGCUGCUGCCACUGCUGACGAUCAAGAUGAUGAUGAUGAUGGCGAUGCUGAUGAUGUUGCUGCUGACGAAGAUGUUGCUGAUGCUGCUGAUGAAGAUGCUGCUGAUGAAGAUGGUCCUGCUGCUGAUGAAGAUGCUGCUGCUGCUGAUGAAGAUGCUGCUGUUGUAGAAGCGCCGAACCUCGCAGACUCGCAACGGACUCGCCGCACGGUCGACUCCCAGCGUCCCGAGCGCCCCGGGCAUGAGCCGCCUGGGGUUGUGACCCGAUCUUCCAUGCGCGCAGUCAUGGCGCAACUCGGCAACCUGCAGCUCCACGACGGGGACGGGGGGGAGGGGGGCGAGACGCGGGAAGAGGACGAUGGGUGCGGAGAAAAGGGGGAGAGAGAGGUGACGGAGAGGCUACAGGACGCGGGAGAUGACGGCGGUGGGAGUGGUUGUGGACCGGCAGUGUCGCCAGAGGAUGUAAAGAUCAGCGUGGACGAGGUAACCAAGGUGGAGGAGGAGGAGGAGGAAGAGGAUGAGGAUGAGGAGGACGAGGAGGAUGAGGAUGAGGAGGAGGAGCCGAUGAAGAGCUCGUCGAGGGACACGAGGAUGCGGAGACGCAAGGACGAGGCACUCUCGUUUGGCAGCGACGAGGAAACGCGCCUCGUGGCGGUGGCGGUGGGCGACCCGGUGGAGACCCUGGCGGAGCCCCCCGCCGUUCCGCCAGACCGCGCCUCCCUCCUCGGCUGCCUCCUGCGGUUCACAGCCCCGGAGCAGCUGACUGGGAGCAAUAUGCUCCUGUGUGAGCACUGCUCACGGAAAGCAGGCAAGAAGGGGAGGGUGUACACCGAGGGUACCAAGCGGAUCCUGGUCUCGUCACUGCCUCCUGUACUAACCCUGCACCUCAAGCGCUUCCAGCAGGCUGGAUUCGGGCUACAGAAGGUGAACAGACGCGUGGAGUUCGACGACACGCUGGACAUGGCGCCUUUCUGCAUCAAACCCUGCCAGGCUGCGUGUGGUGGGCGAGCAGGCCCGGCGGGGCGGGGCGAGAAGUACUCGCUCUACGGGGUGGUGGAGCACAGCGGCACGAUGCGCGGGGGCCACUACACGGCCUACGUCAAGACACGGCCGGAGCGGCCCGCGGCGGGGCCUGGGGAGAGCAGCGGCCCCGGCCAGCAGCAGCAGCAGCAGGAGGGGGGGGCAUGGUUCUACGUGAGCGACUCCCACGUGCGCGCCGCCUCCCUGGAGCAGGUGCUCGCGUGCCAGGCCUACCUGCUCUUCUAUGAGCGGGCGGGCGAGUGAGCUCCAGGGACUCGCACGGCGUGCACGGCACGCCCGACUCCGUGCGUGCGUGCGUCCGUCCGUCUGUGCGUUUUUGCCGAAUGCGGUCUGUUCAUCCGUUGGUCUGGACUUUGUGCUUCUCUCCCGACAGUCCAUCUCUCUGUCAGUCUGUCCAUCCAUUUACCUGACGGUCUGUCCUCAAGUCAGCGCUGUCCAUCCAUCCGCUCGUCCGUCUGUGCCUCACAGCCACUUGGUUGAUCCAUCUGCCAGUCUCUCCAUCCGCCCGUCUUGUAUGUACGGCUGUCUGUCGGGCCAGCGGUGACCGGCACUCACCAACUCUCACCCUCUCGUCUACUGGCUAACUUCACUCGCUUAGCUCGCCCACGGACAGAAAACCAAAUGACGCUUGACCCAUUGACCCGUGUGAGACGUACGUGACGGUGUACUGGGGUCACGACCCUGUCUCCUGGCAGGUCAGUCACUCAUUCGCACCCGUCCUGCAAUAAUGACGAUCACGGUGACGAUGACCGAUAGCCAUACAAAGGGACAAAGGCCCGCAUCGCGAGCACAUGAUGUAUUUGUAUUUCUUUUUAAACCGAGUUUUAAGAAUAAUUAUGAUUCUGGGCAUCUCUGGCAAUCACUGGAUUGAUUCAAAUAAAAUAAAGAUAAGUUUGAUGAC